CGCUGUGAUUAUUGCUAGCAUGACACUGGAUGGAGAAGGAGAACCUGACUGUGAACUGGGGCGACCGGGGGAACCUCCACUUGACAAAGGUUUCAUUCCUUGGCUUGGGCAUGCGCUGGAAUUUGGCAGAGAUGCCGCCAAGUUCAUGACUGACAUGAGGAAGAAGCACGGGGAUAUUUACACAGUUCAAGCUGCAGGGAAAUUUGUCACCGUUUUACUGGACCCCCAUUCCUACGAAGCAGUGCUUUGGGAGUCACGUUCCAAGCUGGACUUUGGCCAGUAUGCCCGCGUUUUAAUGGACCGAAUGUUUGAUGUCAAGCUGCCGGAUUAUGACCCUAACGCAGAAAAGGUCAUGAUGAGAAUGACUCUGCAGAACAAGAAUCUCCCCACCCUAACAAAGGCGAUGUUCUUCAACUUACGAACCAUUCUGCUUUCUGACCCAUGUAGAGCCAGCCAGCAGUGGAAAGAGGAUGGUCUGUUUCACCUCUCCUACAGUACAAUGUUCAGAGCUGGGUUCCUGACACUGUAUGGCAAUGAAGGCAAAGAUUAUGAGGAUAGCAGGAAUCAAGCCAAGGACCUGUCCUUCUCCCUGGAAAUAUACACUGAGUUUUACAAACUGGACCGUCUUUUGAUGAAAGCUGCCCGCUCCAUCUUGAGUGCAGCGGAAAAGAAGGAGAUCAACAGCAUUAGGAAGCACCUCUGGAAGUUACUAUCUGUGAAGAGACUGGAUUGCAGAGCUAAUCGAAGUGUUUGGCUAGACAGCUACAAACAGCACUUGGUGGACCUUGGAGUAGAUGAAAAUAUGCAGACAAGAGCAAUGCUGUUGCAGCUCUGGAGUACUCAGAGUAAUGCAGGGCCUGCAGUUUUUUGGCUUCUCCUGUUUCUUUUAAAAUACCCUUCAGCCAUGGCAGCAGUUCAAGGUGAAAUGGAAGGAAUCUUUCGAAGUAGAAGACAAAAAAUUGGACAAAUGCAUGGAAUCAGCCAAGAGAUUUUAGACUGCACACCCAUUUUUGACAGCGCAUUGAAUGAAAUGCUACGUUUGACAGCAGCUCCUUUCAUCACCAGAGAGGUCCUUCAAGACAUGUGUCUGAAACUGGCAGACGGCAGAGAGUACAGCCUGAGAAAAGGAGAUAGGCUUUGCCUCUUUCCAUUUGUAAGCCCUCAAAUGGACCCUGAAAUUUAUGAGGAGCCAGAGAAAUUCAGAUAUGACCGAUUCCUCAAUUCAGAUGGCACAGAAAAAACAGAUUUCUAUAAAGGAGAGAAAAGCCUCAAGUAUUACUCCAUGCCAUGGGGAGCAGGAAUAAAUGUCUGUAUCGGAAAGUUCCUUGCAGUCAAUAGCAUCAAACAGUGUGUUUUCCUCCUCUUAAGCUAUUUUGAUUUGGAGCUGAAAGAUCCCAAUGCAACAAUCGUAGCCUUUGACAAGGAAAGAUACGGCUUUGGAAUGUUGCAGCCAGAGAAAGAUGUCAUCAUUCGAUAUAAACUGAAAGCUCAGUAAAAUUGUACAUUUCUUCCCCUUAU